AUGGGCACAGCACAGACCGCGGCGGCUGGUUCCUCAGCUCUACAGGAGAAGCAGGCCGACGGGCCUCGCAAGACGCCCUUUGAGCUUCCGGAGGCUGGCUGUAAGCCGGCGGCCCGCCCGACCCUGACGGACGCACAGAAGACAAAGUACGACUGGCUCCUGGAGCAGGCAAAGAGCUGGACCGAGGUUGCGUCCGAGAAGGACAAGGGAGGUCCCAUCACAGAGGCCGAGCAGUUGUGGCUGUCCCGAGAGUGCCUGCUGCGCUUUCUGCGCGCAACCAAAUGGAACGAGAAGGAGGCGGCCAAGCGGCUGCAGGAAACGCUCAGCUGGCGGCGCGACUACGGCGUCGAGUCGCUGACGGCAGACUACAUCUCGCCCGAGAACGAGACGGGCAAGCAGCUCAUCUUGGGCUUUGACAAGGAAACCCGAGUGUGUCAGUAUCUGAACCCGGGCCGGCAGAACACGGAAGUGUCCCCCCGCCAGGUGGAGCACCUCGUCUACAUGCUCGAGCGCGUCAUCGACCUGUUGCCGCCCGGACAGGAGACUCUGUCUCUGCUCAUCAACUUCAAGCAGGGCAAGAGCCGCACCAACACGGCGCCGGGCAUCGGCCAGGGCCGUGAAGUGCUGCACAUCCUGCAGACAUACUACCCCGAGCGCCUUGGCCGGGCGCUCAUCGUCAACGUGCCCUGGGUUGUGUGGGGUUUCUUCAAGCUGAUCACACCGUUUAUCGACCCGUUGACGCGCGAGAAGCUCAAGUUCAACGAGGACAUGAACCAGUAUGUCCCUUCGGACCAGCUGUGGUCGGACUUUGGCGGCAAAUUACAAUUCGAAUACGACCAUGCGGCGUACUGGCCAGCAUUGACAAAGCUCACCGAGGAACGGCGCGAGGCACGCAAGGCGCGGUGGAUAGCCGGCGGAUCACGAGUUGGUGAAUUCGAAGACUACCUCAACGGCGCCUCUGAGACGGGCGUGGCGUCUACUGAGAAAUAG